AUGGCUUCCAACUACACAUACUCAUUCUUCCGCAUCUCGAAGACGGAUGGCAUUAGCGUUUCCGCUCAAAAAUACCGAGAACUGCGCCUACAAGCAUUGAAAACUUCACCUGGCUCUUUCUCUUCAACCUACGACAUCGAAGCAGCUUUCGUCGACACUGAUUGGAUAGACCGACUCACAGUUCCCUAUCGGGAGGUCUUCAUUUGCGCCGCUACACCAUCUGGCCAAGAUCUGUGUCCCAAUGACAUUCAAUGGGUCGGUCAGGUUACUCUCCGAGGACCUGCAUCCCGCGCUGAUUUCGAGUUGCCCCCUGAAGCUGGACAGCCCCCUCAGAGAUCCGACGAAGAGGAGGAGCGAUGGCAGAUGCUGAGCUUGUUUACACUUCCGGAACACCGCGGUCGUGGACUUGGCGGCAAAUUAUGCCAGGCGUCGCUUGAUCAUCUUCGAUCGUAUAGAUCAACUCCGAGAGAUGUUCAGGUUCGCCUUAUCGUGAAGGCGGGUAAUGAUGUUACUGUUGAGUUGUAUCGGCGUCUUGGAUUUAUACACGCUGGAAAGGCGACUCUUGUGGAAGCUCUUAUCGCAAAUGGGGAUGAACAUCUCAUUCCGAAGGAUGGGAAUGAGGCGAUGUACUCCGUGCGGCAGGGCCUUAUCAUGAUAUCGCGGAUAUCACGGUCUUAG